GAAGCGAAUGAAGACAAGACAGAAUUGAUUGAUGAUGUUAGUAAUAAAGAGAAAAGUUCAGAUGAAGACAAUGAUAAAGAGAAAAAGUCAGAUGAAGACAAUACUAAAGAGGAAAAUCAGAUAAAGACAAUGCGGAAUUGA